UACCACCAACCUGUUUAAUGGAAUUAUUACAUUUCCAGAUGUGGUUUUGGGUUACAGGGAUCUUAAGAUUGUGUUUCCUGUUGCUGUCUUCAUUGCGACUUGUCCUUGUGGCACUCUUUGCAUCUCGUCUUCGCCUGAGAUCUGCCCAUGCGAUCACCAGCAUGCUCCGAGGCAGUUGUUGCACUGGUACCUCCAGCCUCAAGCACGCUCACCAGCUUCUACCCCCUGCCACCCAGUUGCUUCUUUGCUUUCUCCCCCUGUGGGUUGUGUUUUUCGCCUUGUGGCUCCUUUGAGGAGGGCGGUAGGGAGGGGUUGAUGGACUAGAGAAUGCAUUCGGGGGCAUUUUGGUGUUGGUGAUGAAACUGCGUUACCGGAUUUUUGCGGGGUUGGUGGCUAUCUAGUUCCUGGUUGGAAAGUGGCAUUUGAAACGUUGGGAAUUUGAGAGGACGAGUGGAAUCACUGUAGAGGAUUGAGUGUCGUGUAGUUUGUGUAGCUUCGUGGGACUAUGGACAAUUCAUUGCACAGUUUUGUUUUGUGUAGAUCUCCCUCGAUCACGUCACGCCAGAAGGUAAAAAUCUGGAAGAGAAAAUUUUAUUCGUAGCUUCACUCACUCACGAGUGCAUUGAGGUUAAUCAAUCUGGCCCUCAUGGCCUGAAGCUAAUAUAGGUCUUCGCCACUUUGAGUCCGCAAUUUGAGAUUAACGAGUUUCUGUGCGCAUUUUGGUCAAUUCAUACUGUCAUUCUCGGCCUCCGAUCCUGUAAAACCAUAGUUAAUUAAGAAACCCUAGUUAUUUCUGCAGCAGAGGCAGGGUUUUGGCUUCCAGAGAACUAGAGGGAUCCAAAACUGUUAUGUUAGUGAGGGGUUCCUGAGGCUACAAGCUCAUCUGACCAACAAUGUGACACUAGUUGGGGAGGUAUGGUUAACUGAUUAAAGAGUUGAGAAAUUACAGCUCAAUCGGAUGAGGAGUUCCAGCUAAAUGUUGAAUACGGGAGGGUUUAUUUAAUGUCAUUCCAGUUGGAAACCAUGGCAGAACUUGUGAGCAAUGGGAACCUCCUGGAGCACCUUUUCCGGUGGAGUAUGUUAACUCUGUGGGCGAUUUUCUCUCUUACCUCUAUGGUCAUAGCGGAGAGCAUUCCCACGGAUUUUCUGGAUGUGCAUGGCACCCUGAAGAGUCCCUGGCGCAUGCACACCCUGUUCUCCGUGGAAUGUCAUGUGUAUUUCGACUGGCAGACAGUGGGCAUUAUGCACAGCUUUAGAAAAAGCAGACAGCCGGGUCCUAUGACGCGUCUGCUCAGCUGCACCGAUGAACAAUUAGCGAGCUACCGUGGAAUGGACUUGGCCCCUACCCAUAAAGUUCCUUCCAUGAGCAGACAUCCUGUCACUGGAGACUGGUACCCAGCGAUUAACAAACCUGCAGGUGUGGUUCACUGGCUCAACAACAACAAAGAUGCCGAAAAUGUUGAUUGGGUACUUAUUCUAGACGCAGAUCAAAUCAUUCGGCACCCGAUCACUCCUUGGGCCCUUGGCGCUGAGAAGGGUAAACCAGUUGCAGCUCGAUAUGGGUAUCUAAUAGGAUGUGACAACGAGCUUGCUAAGCUGCAUACAAAGCAUCCAGAUCUAUGUGACAAAGUCGGAGGAUUUAUCUUAAUGCACAUAGACGACUUGCGCAAGUUUGCCCCACUCUGGCUCUCAAAAACCGAGGAGGUGCGGAGUGAUCGAGACCACUGGGGAAAGAACUUUACUGGCGAUAUUUAUGGCUAUGGCUGGAUCAGUGAAAUGUAUGGGUACUCUUUUGGAGCCGCUGAGGUGGGAUUACGUCAUAAGAUCGAUGAUGAAGUGAUGAUUUACCCAGGCUACAUACCAGUACCGAAUGUAGAGCCUUUGUUGAUGCACUACGGACUCCCAUUCAAAGUUGGGUCCUGGGAAUUCGCUAAGCUGGAUCAUCACGAUGACGACCUCGUUCAUGAAUGCAACCGUCUAUUUGCAGCUCCUCCUUAUCCUCAUGAGGUAGAAAAAACGCAGCAUGAUCGGAAUCAGCUGCGAGCUGAUCUCUUGAGUAUUGAGUGCAUGAACACGAUUAACGAAGGGCUUCUCAUCCAUCAUGAGAGUCAUGGGUGUCUUAAAAUUGAGGAAACAAACUACAUCAAAUUUUUGAGGCAAAAUGCACAUGAGGAAGCUCACAGAUUACCGCAAGAAGAAAAACCUGCUAAGACUCUCCUCGAUCCUCGUAUACACACUCUCUUCUCUGCAGAGUGUACUUCAUUUUUCGAUUGGCAAACAGUUGGGCUAAUGCACAGUUUCAAACAGAGUCAGCAGCCAGGGUUGAUCACUCGGUUGCUGAGUUGCACAGAUGAGAACCUCAAGACUUAUAAAGGCAUGAACCUGGCACCUACACAUGUAGUUCCCUCUAUGAGCCUCCAUCCUCUUACUGGCGACUGGUAUCCAGCUAUCAACAAGCCAGCGGCUGUGCUUCAUUGGUUGAGCCAUGUACAAAUUGAUGCAGAGUUUAUUAUAAUUCUUGAUCCGGAUAUGAUAAUGAGGGGUCCUAUUAUCCCUUGGAAAUAUGGUGCAGUGAAAGGCCUUGCCGUUGCAGCCCCAUAUGACUAUUUGAUUGGGUGUGACAAUAUUCUAGCUCAACUACACACAAGAAAUCCAAAAAUGUGUAGCAAAGUGGGUGGAGUUUUGAUAAUCCAUGUCGAAGAUCUUCGCCGGUUGGCUCCUUUCUGGCUUCACAAAACAGAGGAAGUGCGGGCAGAUAAAGCCCAUUGGGCAACCAACAUCACCGGUGAUGUCUAUGAGCAGGGGUGGAUCAGUGAGAUGUAUGGAUAUGCUUUUGGUGCAGCUGAGAUCAACUUGAAGCACAAACGACGUACCGACAUCAUGAUGUACCCCGGCUACAAGCCCUUCACGCCACCGCGUCUGCUCCACUACGGCCUGAGAUUCAAUGUUGGCGACUGGCACUUCGACAAGGCAGAAUGGCGAGACCACGACAUGACCAACAUCUGCUGGCAGUUGUUUCCUGCCCCGCCAGACCUGUCCACACUACCCAAGACACUCUCCCCCCGAGCAGUCGACCGUGACAAUAUCAGCAUUGAAUGCGUCCGGACUCUCAACGAAGCUCUUCGCUUGCACCAUAUCAGCCGGGGUUGCCGAGUGCCACCAGCACAGGAGCCGAUCAAACCACCCAACACACCAGAAAAUCCCAUCAAAACGAAACUGCCGGAUACAAAACAAAACAAAACAAAACACUCUGAGCAUCCAGCUCUUACGGUUCAGGCUCAGCAAGCGCGACUCAAACACGUUGCCACAAUGCUCAAAGGCAAGACGAAGGCAUUGACAAGCACCCCAGCGCUCAUCGGCCCCAAGCUAUGGAUGGUUGGACUGUGGGCGCUCCUUGUCUGCUGUUUCUUGCUCAUUUUGUCCACUCUUUUCGCCGGGCACAAAUCCUCUCUGCUGAGACAAAAGAAGCCCAGAUGUCAUCGACGCUCUCGAUCAAUCGCAUCUGGUGACUUCACUAACCUCAUUUCUGCAGACUUGGAUCCUUAGAUUACUUAACUGUAAAGGUAAAUCCUCACAGACUGUCAACUACCAUAAAUGAGUAGGUGCUCGGCGUCGGUGUUCGUGUCGGUGUCGGUGAGUUCGAGUGGGCCAAGGUGUCAGUUUUGUCUCACAGACGAGGUUUUUUUGUUAGACAGUCUUGCACCGAAGGUUUUUGGAUUUGGUGUGAAGGGGUGGAUUUGAAGAGACCUGACAAGGUGGUAUUUGUGGCUGUGAGGUGAGGUAUAGUCUGAUCCGUUGGAAACGAGGAUCAUACAGAAUGGUGCAUUUAUUUGCUCUCCAAGGUUGAGAAGAAAGUCACUCAAUUUCCAAGGGGGCUUCAAAAAAGAAAAAUACAAAAAAUGAAAUAAAAUCAUACAUUGCUUAUUUGGGCAUUUUAAUCGAUA